GUUCUCUGGAGGACUCUCUUCUUCAUAGUGUACUGUUCUCUGGAGGACUCUCUUCUUCAUGGUGUACUGUUCUCUGGAGGACUCUCUCUUCUUCAUGGUGUACUGUUCUCUGGAGGACUCUCUCUUCUUCAUGGUGUACUGUUCUCUGGAGGACUCUCUCUUCUUCAUGGUGUACUGUUCUCUGGAGGACUCUCUCUUCUUCAUGGUGUACUGUUCUCUGGAGGACUCUCUCUUCUUCGCGGUGUACUGUUCUCUGGAGGACUCUCUCUUCUUCAUGGUGUACUGUUCUCUAGAGGACUCUCUCUUCUUCAUGGUGUACUGUUCUCUGGAGGACUCUCUCUUCUUCGCGGUGUACUGUGUCUUUAAAUCUUUGAAAGGACAGCGCGGGACGUCUGUCCGCUGACGUCACAGUUCCAUCAGGAGGAGAAGAUGGCGGCCGUGUUGGAGCGCAGCUUCAUAGAGAUCUGUGGCUUUGAGCGGGAAACGGUGCCGCGGGUCAGAGAGGUGACCGUUAACCUGAGUGUCUCUACUCUCCCCGGGGGACAGAAGUUUCCAGACAGCGCCGGAGCCUUUCACUACGAGGAGAGCGGGAAGCUGCUGUCUGUCACCAGCAACAGAUUCAUACACUGGUCCACGUCAGGAGACACGGUGCAGCUGGUGGAGCAGUCUCUGGACACCAACCUGCUCAACAAUGCUGUCAGAAUCAAGUUCACUCACUGCACCGUGCUGCCAGGGGGCGUGGCCAUCCAGGAGACCGUCAACAAUGUCAUCAUCCUCGUCUGCACCAAUCAGAGUGUCCACAGACUGGUGCUGCCCCACCCCUCACGCAUGUACCGCAGUGAGCUAGUGACAGAGCUCCACAUGCAGUCGGUGUUAACAGACGUGGGGAAGCUGAGUCUGCAGGACUCCGCCCACAGCGCCAUCAUCCCCAGCUCAGCAGGACAGACAGGAAGUCCAACCACGUCCGCCGCCUGGCUCAGUCAGUCUGGAGAGGCUCACUACGCUGUGGCCCCCCCUGCUGGAGGCAUCAUGGUGGUGACCCUGCCCCCCCACGACACACCUGGCGCGGUGACGGUGCUGGAGCUGAGGCGGAGCUCCAUGAUGCAGAGGUUGUCUGGGUGGAUGCCGUCAGCGAUGCGAGGAGAUCAGAGUCCGGCUGACCUGGUGCUCAGUCUGUGUGUCAGAGAGCUGGAGGAAGACUCCUUCAUCUUCGCCCUCUGUCAGGACCACAAACUGCGCAUGUGGUCCUUCGGGGAGCAGGCGUGUCUCCUGGAGGCGGACAUGUUGGAUUACAUGCCGGCGUGCAGAGGUGUGAAGCGUCUGUCAGGACAGGGUCACAGACUGCGCCUGGCCUUCUCCCCCUCCACAGGUCUCUGUGUGUGUGUUUACCUGAGCGUGCCUCACCGAGGACAGUUCACCGUCCUGCAGCUCGUCGCCACCGACAACCAACGUUACAGCCUUGACCACAUCUCCACCCUGUUUAGCACUCAGGAGACCCUGGUGGACUUCUCUCUGACCUCCUCAGAUGUCUGGGCUGUGUGGGUGGACGAAUCAAACUCCUCUGUGGUCAAAUACAUCAGCUUUGAACAUAACACAGCAGGUCAGUGGAACCAGGUGUUUGUUCAGCCCCCACCUGAAGAAGAAGUACAUAUAGGUGUGGACCAGGACCCCAGGGAGACGUACCUGGAGGUUCUCUUCUCUCCUCUCCGUUUCACAGCUUCAGCCAUCAUCAAAGCUUUACAGAUCUUCCACAGAGGCUCAGAGAGGGUGUGUGACGUGUCCUGGGAGGGUCUGAAGAGGGAGGUGACCCUGGCCGUGGAGAGUGAGCUGCAGAGCAGUGUGACAGAGUUUGAGUUCUCUCAGGAGGAGUACCGACACCUGCAGGUGGAGUUCUGGUCCAGGUUCUAUUCCUGCUGCCUGCAGUACCAGGAAGUCCAAUCAGAACCUCUGAGUCUGACCCUGAACCAGAACACCGGCCUGGUCUGUCUGCUGAGGAAGGGUUUUGUGUCGUACCUGCUUCCUUGUUUUGCUGUGGAUCACCUGUACCUGUCCUAUGAUGAGUACCUAUUUUCAGAGGAGGACACACCCCUCACUGAAGACUCAGAGUUGGGGCGUGAUGUGCUGCAGCUGGUGCAGUGUGUGCGUGCGGUCAGUGAUGCGGUUUCUGGAGAGAUGGCGUAUGAGAUGGAGAAAGCUCUGGAACACCUGCAGUCACCUGAGAGGGCAGCAGAGCUCGUCCUGGAACACCUGCUGUCCAACGACAGUGAGAAUGUGAUCGAGGACAUCCAGAACAAGCUGCAGGACAUCAGGAACCCCAUCGCGGCCAUGAUGGUUCUGCUGAGGGAGCUGGACCUGGAGACGGACUCUGAACCCACCACAGAGGGAUCAAUUGCACCUGGUCACAGUCUGAACGUGAGGAUCAGUCUCUCUCAGUUGUUCGGCAGCAGCUCGGCCGUGUCCCUGAUCUGUCAGGCCGUGUGUCACAUGACCAUGACCAGAGCCAUGUUCUGCAGAGACCUGCUGAUCCUGCAGAAACUCUACCUGCGCUUCGGAGACAAUGUGUUUCUGGGUGGGGGGGCUCAGCUGCUGCAGCUUCAGCAGGACUUGAUUCCUCGCAGCUCUCACCUCCUCUCCUCCUAUCACCUCCUCAAACACGUCAGCCAGAGCCUGGCCUCCUCCGUCCCCGUGGACAUCCUAGACGCUAACCUGCAGCACCUGACCGUGUUGGAGCUCUCUGACUCUCCGGCUCUGUCCUCGCACAGAUCAGUGCUGAGUCCUCAGACGGUGGUGGAGCUCUUCUAUCAGACGGCAGCGAGGAAGAUGAUGGUGUCUCAGAUCUUUGCUCAGCAGCAGAGCGACUCUCUGCUCCUCUGGAGUCACAUGACCUCGAACCUGGUCCACCUGCUGGCUCAGCUGCUCUGGCCCAAUAAUACUGGUUUCCAGUUCCCAGAGUGUCUGAUGGCUAACUGUCAGUACACCCAGCUACAGGAGUAUGUAAGGCUGAUUGGUCCCUGGUGUCAGGUGAACGUGGGCUCUCGUCGCUUCAUGCUGGGUCAGUGUUACCUGGCAAACGGAGAAGGACAGAAGGCUCUGCAGUGUUUCCAGGAGGCGGCGACGGAGGUGGAGAAGGAGGAGUUUCUCCUCCGACUGACGGGUGCCGAGGAGGAGGUGUCGACAUCUGUCCCCCGACUACAGUACUACAACAAGGUGUUGAGGCUGUUGGAGGAUGUUGGUCUACCUGAGCUUGUCAUCCAGCUGGCUUCUCUUGCCAUAACAGAGGCAGCCAACGACAUCAACAGCCAGGCGGCGUUGUGGACUAGAAUAUUUAAACAUCACCUGGACCUGGGACACAACAGUGAGGCUUACGAAGCACUGACGCAGAAUCCAGACAGCAGCAUGCAGCUGGAUUGUCUCCGUCAGCUGGUGGUGGUUCUGUGUGAACGCUCUCAGCUCCAGGAUCUGGUCCAGUUCCCCUAUGUCAACCUGCACGAUGAGGUGGUCAGUAUCAUUGAGUCCCGGGCCAGAGGUCUGGACCUUCUGGCUCAUAACUACUACGAGCUGCUGUAUGCCUUCCACAUCAACAGACACAACUACAGGAAAGCGGGUACAGUGAUGUUUGAGUUGGGGAUGCGUCUGGGACGAGAGGUCCGGACUCGCCUGGGUCUACAGAAACAGGUGAACUGUUACCUUUCUGCUCUCACCUGUCUGCGCCUCAUCAGACCUGAGUACGCCUGGAUCGUCCAGCCUGCCUUCGGAGCUGUGUACGAGCGUCCUGGAGCGUCUCCAAAGAGGAACUCUGAUGGAGAGUUUUCUUCUGAACCAGUCAAACGUCAGGUGGACAUCCUGGAACUCAAGGACCUGGAGAAGGAGUACAUCUUGUCCAGGAGCCGCCUCACACUCGCCCAGCACCAUCCGCCCUCUGCUGCCAUCGCAGGCAGUGCCUCAGCGGAGGAGAUGGUGGCCCUGUUGGUCCAAACGGGACUGUUUGAUUCUGCUCUGUCCAUCUGUCAGACGUUCAAACUCAACCUGACCCCUGUGUUCGAAGGACUCACCUUCAAGUGUAUUAAGCUCCAGUUUGGGGGGGAGGAGUCUCAGAAUGAAGCCUGGAGCUGGUUGGCUGCUAAUCAGCUGUCAUCAGUCGUUAACACCAAAGAGUCCAGUGCGACGGAUGAGGCGUGGCGUCUGCUGGCCUCUUACCUGGACAGGUACCCUUCCUCUAACGGACAACACCACCGCUGUGUCCUCAACAAGCUGCUGUCACAUGGUGUCCCUCUGCCUGAUUGGCUGCUCACAGCCUACAAGGCGGUGGAUGCAGCGUCUCUGUUGCGUCUCUUCUUGAACUUCGACCUCGUGGACGCUGCAGCUGAGCUGGUGUUAGAGUACGUGGACGCUCUGCUGGGAAGAGGACACCAAUACUUUGGAAUACAGAGGCCGCUGUCAGCUACUUCCUCCUCGGUCUGGUUGCCCUACACAUCAAUAGAUCAACUGCUGCAGACGCUGAACGAGACCCAGACCAACAGCAGCGUUUGCAUUAAACUGAGAGACAAACUGGACGAUUAUCACCGACUGGUGGAAAAGACGACCAAUCACAGACUCGUCUCUCGAUAGGACGGUUCAAGUCACCUGCUGGUUCGACCAAUCAGAGAGCAGCAGACUGAAUCCUAUUUUUGUACACGGGGAGGUGUUUCUUAUAUUUGUGUUUUUGUACUCGUCUGUUUUGUAAAUUUGGAUCAGAUUAAAGUUUUCUUUGAAUCUCU